GUUAAUGUAAACACGAGCUAUUAAAUAUUAAACUUUAUUCAGUUGAAAUCAACAUGUCAAGUAAAAAAGUGAAACGACAGAGAAUAGAAGAUGAUUUAGAAGAAAGUGUUGUUGAACCAGAGAAAAAUCACAACAGCGAAGAUGACAAUGAAGAUGAAGAAGUUUCAGGGAGUACCAGAAAGCCGAAAAGAGCUUUAGGUUUAGAUGUUGCUGAUCAAAAUUCGUUUUUGGACUUUUUACACAGUUUACCCGAAAAAUCACGAACAGUUCGAAUAUUUUCCAGAGAUGAUUACUACACCGUACAUGAAAAUGAUGCUAUUAUUGCUACCGAAAUACAUAAAUCGUUAGUGGUGAAAACUAUGGGCAGCGAUGAAAAGCUAUCCAAAUAUUUAGUAUUAAAUGCAUAUAAUUUUAAAUCAUUUUUACGCGAAUUAUUACUCGUCAAGCAAUAUCGGGUUGAGGUUUACACAAAAGAAUCUGCAAGUGGAAAUGAUUGGACAGUCGAAUAUAAAGGAUCACCAGGAAAUUUAAUACAAUUUGAAUCGAUUUUAUUUAGUGAAGAUAUACUUGUUGAGAGUUUAAUCAUUGCAAUAAAAAUUGUUUUACAAGAUGGUGGAAUUCGGGAAAUUGGUCUGGCAUGUUUAGAUCAAAAUACAGCAACAAUAACAGUAUGUGAAUUCAACGACAAUGAAUUAUUCACCGAUUUAGAAGCAUUACUCGUUCAAUUAGCACCAAAAGAAUGUUUAAUUGCUAAAAAUCAAACAGCCGAUAUGUUCCGUAUUGAAACAAUAAUGACACGUAAUAAUGUUUUGUUAACAAAAUUAAGUGAGAAAGAUUUUUCAACGGAUAAUUUAAUAAGCGAUUUAAAUCGUUUAAUAUUUUUUGAACAAUCGCAAGUAUGUGAUGCAAACAGAUUACCUGUCAUGAAAAAAAUGAUAGCACCAUGUGGUAUUGCAGCUUUGAUCAAAUAUUUAGAUUUGAUGUCAGUCGAAACUAAUUUUAAUCAAUUCAAAAUUGUUGAUUUUAAUUUAAAAGAAUUUGUACACGUAGAUGGUGCUGCUAUUUCUGGCUUAAAUAUUUUACCACCGCAGGGUCGUGAACCAACUGAAUUAAAUAGUAUUUUAGGAUGUUUUGAUGCGUGUAGCACCAGUCAAGGUCAUCGUUUAUUAGCUCAAUGGUUUAAACAACCAUUACGUGAUAUUGAUAAAAUAAAUGAACGUCACGAUAUUGUAGAAGCUUUCUAUAAGAAUACAGAUGUACGCAACACAUUACAUACAUCGUACUUAAAAAGUAUACCAGAUCUACAAGCUAUUGUGAAGAAAAUCAUGCAUAAAAAAGCAAAAUUACAAGAUUGUUAUCGUAUUUAUCAAACAGUUCAACAAUUACGUUUCAUUGUACAAGAGUUGAUGCAUGAAUCGAAUAAAGGUGUUCGUACAGUCUUGAUUGAGCCAUUACAAGAUUGUGUCAACGACAUGGCCAAGUAUCAGCAGAUGAUUGAACAAACAAUUGAUUUAGAUGCUGCUGGAGACGGGAAAUUUUUAAUUCGAUCUGAUUUUGAUGAAACAUUAGUUGAUGUAUCAGAAAUACGUAUAAAAUUAGAAGAACAAAUGAAUAACGUGUUAAGCGAUGUUACACAUGAUUUAGGUUUGGAUCAAAAAAAUGUGAAAUUAGAAUCAUGUUCACAAUAUGGUUAUUGUUUUCGUGUAACAUUACAAUAUGAACAAUCGCUACGUUCCAAAACCAAAUAUGAAAUAUUGGAUGUCAAAAAUAAUGGUGUACGUUUUACUAACAAAAAAUUAAAGGAUAUUAAUACAGAAUAUGAUGCAACUGUUAAAAGUCAUGAAGAACAACAAUCGAAAGUAGUCGAUGAUCUAAUGUCCGUUGCAGCCACAUUUACGAGUACAAUUGUUAAUAUUAAUUCAAUUAUUGCAUUAAUUGAUGUAUUCAUUGGUUUGGCUCAAACUGCAGCCAAUGCUGCAAAGCCAUAUGUACGUCCACAAAUGUUAGCAGAAGGUUCAGACAUAUUAUAUUUAAAACAAGUACGACAUCCAUGCAUUGAAUUGAAUAAAGAAUUUGUUGCUAAUGAUUGUUCUUUUAAACGACAGAAAGAAAUAUUUCAAGUAAUUACAGGUGCAAAUAUGGGUGGUAAAUCUACAUAUAUUCGAUCAAUUGGUGUGAGUGUAUUAUUAGCACAUAUUGGUGCAUUUGUGCCUUGUGAAAAAGCAACUAUACCAAUAUUUAGUGCGAUCUUAGCACGUAUUGGCGCACAUGAUGAUGAAAAUCGUGGACAUUCAACAUUUAUGGUUGAAAUGAUUGAAACAUCGGGAACAUGUCAGGCUGUCAAUGAAAAUUCAUUAGUACUAAUUGAUGAACUAGGGCGUGGUACUUCAACCUAUGAAGGUGCUGGAAUCGCUUGGGCUGUUGCAGAAUACCUGAUAGAAAAAAAAGCUUUUACUGUUUUUGCAACACAUUUUCAUGAAUUAACAUAUUUAGCUGAUGAAUUUGAUUAUGUUGUGAAUAAACAUGUAGCUGUCCAUCAUGGCGAAGGCCAACUAACAUUUUUAUAUGAAAUACGUAAUGGAGCUUGUGCUAAAAGUUAUGGUUUACCACUUGCUAAAAUCAUUGGUUUUCCCAAUUCAAUUAUUCAUCAUGCUGCUCAAACUCUCACAAGAUUGGAUCCAAGUGUUAAUAUGGAUUCAGAUAUGGAUGCAGCUGCUAAAAGAAAGUAUAUUAAGGAAGGAAAAGCUUACAUACAAUCUAUAAUAGAAAGAUUGCAAGGAUUAGAUAAGGAUAAAAUGUCAACAGAAGAAUAUAAAAAUAUUAUUGAUGAAAUCAAACAAGAAGUUAAAAAUCACUCAAAUCCUUUUAUGCAGGCUAAAUGUAAAACAGUUGAAAAUUAUUUGGAAUAUUUAAAUAAUUUUAAAUCACAAAAUGGUCGAGAAAAAUUUAGAGGUCGUAUGAAACCACCUGGAUUACAUGAACCUGUGAAUGGAACGAACGGAGUUGUUCAGGAAAAUCAUGUUGUACAUGAUGAACUGAAUGGUAUUGAAGCUGAAGCAUUCGAUGAUGAUUUUUAAAAAGUUGUUUUUAUUGUCUAAACUUAAGGUAGUAUAGCAAUAUCGAGGCUCACAGUUAAAUAAAUUUUUUUUUUAAAGUUAUUCAAGACAUCAUAGUUACCUUGGUUAGCAGAAUAAAAUUAGAAUUUUUAGCGUACCGUUUAACAGAUAUAAUUAAUUAAAACUAUGCAAAAUUACAUGGACUUUUAUGGUUGCCUUUGUUCAAUAACGCCGGUAAUUGAUGGUUUGUGAAAAAUUGGCAAAGUUGAUCUCAACAAAAAAAACUUUUCAAUAUAUAUAGAACUAUGACUUAAACGUACCUACACCGGAAAAAAAUUCUAAACGAUUUACCGUGUAGUUUUGAUUUAAUUGUUAUUAUCAUAACUAGCUGUGAACUACCCACUUCGCUGAGCCUUCUUCUUGAAUUACUCUAUCUAUUAGAAAAAACCGCAUCAAAAUCCGUUGCGUAGUUUUAGAGAUCUAAGCAUACAUAGGGACAUAGGGACAGACAGCGGGACGCGAUUUUGUUUUAUAUUGCGUAUUGAUUUAGUUCAUGUCUCUGUUGUUAAUCGAAAAAAUUAAGAAGCGUUAUAGGCGCUGAGCGCAUAUAUGAAUUGUAAAAAAUUCUUUAGAUUAUACAGGGUGGAUCAUUUUAAUCUAUAAUGGUUAAAUGCUCGUUUUGUAGUUAAACAAUCAAAAAAAUAACUUGUAGAGUUUGAUGGGGGCUGCUUUAAUAGUAAAUUCAGAUCCUUAAAGGUAAGAGAUAGAAUAACACUUUAAAUUAGAAAAUUGAUAUCAUAAAAAAAACAACAUUUAUCCAAAAUCGUUUGCUAUCGGAGGAAAUGUAACAACAGCUGAUCAUUAAAUUCGACAGUUCAAUUUUAGUCAACUACAUUUUAAAAAUGUUUUAAUGAUUUUUAAUUAUUGUUAAUACGUAUUAAUUUUGCUCAAUAAAAUAUUAAAAUAUGUUUUUUUAUUUUAUUAUAAUUUUUUUUGUAUCAUUAAUUAUAACAAAAAAAAGCAAUUCAAAAAUGGUUGCUGAGUUGACUAAACUAUUUCACGCCUCGAUACUGCUAUCCUUAAAUUACACCACUCGAAAUAAAUAGAUUGUAAGUUUUUUUGUACAUAUUUAUGGUGGCCAUUUUUGUUAGAAAUUUCUAUUUUUCCUUCUAAAAAUUAUAUGUAUAAAGACUGGUAGUUACAAUCGAAUUUUUCGAAUUACAAGUCGAGCUAAAAGAAGAUAAACAAAAAAAUUAUAUAUAAUAAAGUCAGUUUUUGCGAAAUAAAUCUUCCCUUUUUUUACUCCCUUAUAAGAAAUAAAAUCUGGAAAAAUUACAAUUUUGAGAUUACAAUGAAAAAAUUCAUUUUGAACAAACUUAAAUCUCUUCUUACUGGUUUCGGAGCGAUGUUUGUACGUACAUGUCAUUUCGAAACAUUAUGAAAAAUAAAUUAUUUCUAUUUGAUUUAUUUAAGUAGAGAAUGGAUUUGUUAGAACGAUUUCACAAGAUUGAAAGGAUAACAAACACACUUUCGAAUUGAUAAUAUCAUGUAUAGAUUGCACUUUCUUUUUUAACAAUGUUACAAUAUUUUUUGAUCAUAGAUGUAAGUUUUUUUU